AUGGCACUACGAGGGCAUUGUGACUCUGGGAACAUUUUUAAAGCAUGCUCAGAUGACAUACAAAAUAAUGAUGGUAAUUUUAGGGCAAUUAUUCGCUAUAGGGCCCAAGGCGAUAGUGAUAUGAGAUCAUAUCUUGAAAGUUCUGGUACCAUUAAGUACACAAGUUCUACUAGUCAAAAUGAAAUAAUUGAUUCCUGUAAUAAACUGUUAUUGAACAAAAUAGUUUCAAGAAUAAACGAAGCAAAAUGUUUUACUGUUCUUGCUGACGAAACGGCUGAUGUGUCGGGUAUAGAACAGGUAUCUUUGUGUGUCAGAUAUGUUGAAUUAAGCACCCUUGAACUGAUUUUUUUCAAUUUGUUCCUGCUGUUGACAUGA